AUGGACCAAAAGAGAGCUGGAGAUAUUUUAACAGAAAUCAUUGAAGACCUCUUCUCUUAUGAUGAAGACCGUUAUAAACAUGUUCUUGAAACCUACUUUGUUGAGAAUGCCAAGUUAUCUCAUCCUCUUUUGAAUGUUGAAGGAACACACAAUAUUCGAAAAGUUUUUCGAGUGUGGACUUCUUUAAAUUGCAUUCCACCAGAAGUUGCCGAUGUUCCAAAAGAAGAUGGCUUAUUUUACAUUGAAAAGCAAGAAGACAAUUGGACUCUCGAAGGGCUUAUUCAAAGCGUUCCUUUAAUUAAUUGGUGGUAUGAUUGUGUGGUACGCGUUGUUGUAGGUGACCUUGUGGCCCGUGCUGGCUCUUUUCUUGCUACUGCAAAUCAAGCAACUUCUCAUUUGGCUGUCAAAGCUAACGAAAUAAGAGAUAAUGGUCAUUCAGCGAUCGCUCAAGGUCAAAAUACAGCAAAGGAAUAUUUAAAUCCAAUCCACACAUAUAUUACUCAUGGUUAUUCGAAGGGUCAAGAAUUCGUUGACCAAGCUAAAACCUCUGUCAAAAAUAAGUUCUCUCAAUUCGGCGGAACUCAAACCAACGGAAACAUUCCUGAUUAUGCUAGAUAUUAUUACAAUCCGUAUUGA